AUGAAUCUCAAAUCAGGCAAAUCUAUACAACUAAUUUGUCUCACAUUUCUUUGCAUAUUCUUUUCCCAGGCCUUGAUGUUCAUCAAAGCAGACGAUGAGCUAAUCGCGCGGUUAUGCUCUGCAACUUCAUACCCAAAUAUUUGCUCUAACUGCCUUAAUUCUGACCCAAGUAGUAAAACUGCAACUGAUACUGGUUUAGUAAGGAUUUCUAUGCUUUGUGCUGCAAAUGAUAUGAACAAUUUAUUCCAAGACACAUUCAUUUAUCAAGGAAAUACAACUGAAUCUACUAUGAAAGAUGCCCUUAAUUACUGCUUGAAUCAAUUUGAAGAUGCUGAAAACAAGAUUAACAAUGUAUCAGAUGAAGUGCAGCAUAGAGAUUUCGAUGGUGCUAAACAAAGGAUUAAUGAUGAAAUUUUAGCAGAAGUUGUUUCUUGCACUAACUUUUUACAUUCUAAGGGACUUCCAGUGCCAGAGAUUGUGUCGAAUGAUAUAGAUACCGUUGAUAGAGACUGGAACAUUGUUAUGGAGAUUCUGGGUUCUCUUAAGUCCUGA